AUGCACAGACGUACUCUCCUCUCUCGGGGGGCACUUGAAUACUACCUCGCAGCUGCAUGCGUCGCACUCAUUGUGCUGAACGUUGCUCUCAAGAUCGGCGCCAUUGUGCUCGUGCAACGGACACAGUCCCAGGAUGUCCACGCCCAUCCGGAGACCGGCUGGUCCGUUCCUCUCGCCAGCGGUGAAGUGGCCCUCGACACCGGAGCGUGGACGCGCUACACGCUGCACGAUCCCGAGCCGUGGGCACCGCUCUUCCCCGGCGGCGGUGUCGUCCACCUCGGACCGUCGCGCGCGCCGUACACGGUCGCGAUGAUGCACCAGCUGCGCUGUAUGGACGCGCUCCGGCACGAGUUCACGCGCCCGCGGGUCGAGCGCGACUGGGCGGUGGCGCAGCACUGCUUGAACUACUUGCGGCAGGCGGCGCGGUGCCGAGGGGACACGCACCUUGAUGGCUACCAGUACGCGAGCAAGCCGAGGGCGGUAGACACGAAUCCGGUCAGGCGGUGCCGAGACUGGAGGGCGGUGUACGAGAAGGUAGAACAGAUUCAGAGGGAACACGCGCUGUGGAUGCAGGAGCAUGAUACAGCGAGAGAGGAGGGACCGCGGCGCGUUCCGUGA